AACCACAAGAUGGCGCCCAAACACAGAUGAUGUUGAGUUGCUUCUGGGCUUGAGCACCGGAACUUUUGUUCGUCGUGUCGGCGGCCCCACUCCGACAGAAUUCGUUGACGGACUGUGUACAUACCAACGUUUGUGAGCCAGAAACAGUACCGGGAUAAAUGUACAUAUCGUUCUAUGACACAGCUUUAUUACUUUACUAAAUUAAAUUUUGGUGUUUGUGUAACUAGCGGUAUAGCCAGAUAUUAACGCAUGAAGUAAACGGGUUUCCAAGAAGUAUCUAACUUGCUGGUUAAUUUGCUGGUGUGUCGGACUAACACUACAGAUGGCAUCACAGUGACCACCCUCAUGUUGAUUGGAAGGGCCUGCAGAUUUAGUGGAUGUGUCAGGUCUUGUUUCAUCAAACCUUUGGCCAGUUUUUCUUUCAGUUCCAGCAACAUGGCCAAGAGCAAGUUUGAGUAUGUCCGCAACUUUGAAACAGACGACACAUGUCUACGAAACUGCUACAUUGUUGUGAGACUGGAUGGGCGUAACUUCCACAAGUUUGCAGAGCAGCACAAGUUCACAAAACCCAAUGAUAACAGGGCGUUGGGCCUGAUGACCCGGAGUGCACGCUCUGUCAUGGAGGAACUAGAGGAUAUUGUCAUCGCUUAUGGUCAAAGUGACGAGUUCAGCUUUGUUUUCAAGAGGACCUCAACCUGGUUUAAGAGGAGAGCCAGUAAGCUCAUGACCCAUGUGGCCUCCCAGUUCUCCUCCUCAUAUGUGUUUUACUGGAAAGAGUUUUUUGGAGAACAACCCCUCUUGUACCCCCCAGGCUUUGAUGGACGCGUGGUCCUGUAUCCUAGCAACCGCAACCUCAGAGACUACCUCAGCUGGAGGCAAGCAGAUUGUCACAUAAAUAAUUUGUACAACACAGUGUUUUGGACUUUAGUACAACAGGGGGGACUCACCACAGCCCAGGCAGAGGAUCGCCUAAAGGGAACGUUAGCUGCAGACAAAAAUGAGAUCCUGUUCACUGAGUUUGAUAUCAACUACAACAGUGAAUCUGCUCUCCACAGGAAAGGCACCACUCUCAUCUGGGAAAAGCGAGAUGAAACCGUCACCAAACGCAUGAAGCUACCAAACGAAGAGGAGAAGGAUGUGGCUGUAACUCGCAGCAGGAGGAGGGUGGAGGCACACAAUUGCGACAUCAUAGGAGACCAGUUCUGGGAGAAACACCCAGACAUCCUGGAGGACGACAACUGCUAACAGCUACUGUGGACAGAGUCUAACUGGAAUGGUUUAAGUGGACCAAAACAGCUCAGUGUUUACUGAUGUAGAUGAACAUGUGUGUCAAGCAACACCGUGAUGCUUAGUGACCUUGAAUCCCCGAACAGAAGACUGAAGCCUUUGUACAAUUACGCUUUCACAGCUGUAUUAAACUUCUGUCAUAAUGUUCCCGUAAAGUUUUCUCCUUAAA